AUGUCGACGGCAUCCAGCCGGUCCCGAGGAGUCAACCGUCGGAUCAACAGCCUCCAGAAUGAAGGUCACCAUUCGCGCACCUCCUCCUCGGCCUCGCGCCGCCGGCCCCUCAACGCCAGCGUCGCUUGUUCCCAUGCUCUCCGGGUAGCUUACCUGGCCUAUCUGCUCAACCCCCAUUCGCGCCGCGUCCAGAAUGCCCCCGCUGCAGCCGCGCGUCAACGAAAAGCUUCAACCUCCAUUCACGACUUGAUGGGCGAUUUCUCUUUGGUCAGGGACUCCAAGAGCACAAGGAUUCCACAUGGGUUUGUGGCCGAGCUCGAAAAGCGGCUGACGGGAGUGUUGAUGGGGAAAGAAAAGCGGAAAGAGUAUCAGGACCAUUUGGUCGUGCGCACAUUCGCUGCCUUUCUCAAUGCGCUCAAGGAGCAAUCCUUCCGAAGGCGCAUGGAAAAGGAUCGGCGAGCUGAGGAUCUGGUGCUUAUCUUCUACUCGAAUGCCAUCAAGGAGCUGAGCAAGGGCAAGGAAAAUGACGAUGACAGCUGGAAGCUCAUGGUGGAUCGACACGUUGCGCUUUUCGUCCGUCUGCUUGCGCUCAUCUUGAAGAGCAAUGAUUGGGAUAAAGACCGCCCAGAGCUGGCCAACCGACUGUCGGUGUUAGAAAACAAACUUCUGGUGCAGGAUCAGGACCUGAUGGAGGUGAAUGGCUCUGCAGCGACGGGAGUUAUAGCUCCGCUGAGCUACGAUGUGAAGGACAUGCCGCUGGUGCAGCAUGUAGCGAAAAUUUUCGGGAUGACACCCGCCCAAGCGCAGUCCGAAAUUGACAAGAACAAGACAAUCUGGACGGAGAAGUCGGCUCUACAAGAUCUCAAGACAUACCAGGCCCAUCUGAAUCUUCAAACUCGAAAAACUCUGGCAAGAGAAGACUUUGAGACGGACGAGGCAUAUGAAAACUGGAAGAAGGGCGAAGGCCCCGAUCUAUCGCAAAUGAUGCUGGCAAUUGUACAGUCAAAUCCCGAGCUUGCCAAAAGCACUCCGGGGACUCUUCCCCAAUUCAACCCGUCCCCCGUCGAUGAUGCCAACUUGUCACGGACAUCCUCCGAUCGGACAAACAGAACAUCGUAUGUCAUUGACCAACCGUUCGAUCUCAGCUCUCUGUCGCUCGGUGGGUCUGAUGGUGACUCGGAGGAGUCAGAUACCUACACUUUCAUUCCGUUAGACCCCAGAGAGAUGUACAAGUUCAUCUUGGGCCACACCCUGAGCUACGAUAUGCGCGAUCGGGAGCUCGAAGCGUCCCAGGCCACAGCUAAUGUGCCUUCGAUGAAGCUGCUCUCAAAGCAGUCCACGGAAUUGCUGAAUGAAAUAUGUCUUCGCUGGCGGAUUCCCAACUUCUCCCGGAUUGUGCUGUUUCUCGAUGUGAUCCAAGCCAAAUUCGUGGACAACGAAAUCGAUCUCAACACCCUGGAUUCGGGCUUCACGUUUGUGAAGGAAUUGCCUCCCACCGAAGGUAAGAGUAAACGGGGCAGCUUCAUGCCUUCGGCGGUGUUGGAUCGACAGUGGUGGACUGUGCAAGAUAUCUGCACGAUGCAGCAACUGCUAUCCAAACUCCACGAAGCCCUGCUGCGGGAGCUGUACAAUGUCAUGAUGGACUGCUUCGAAGCGAAACCACGUCCAAUUGGGCCAGUGAUGUAUAUCCUCGAGAAUCACAUCCAGGCCGAUCCGAACUAUAUCGAGGACCCAGAGGACAUCAACCGCUUUUCUUCUUAUGUGCAAGACGGACUCGCCCAGAAGGCAACGGCAAAGUAUCAGUCUUUUCUUAGCCAAUUAAUACCCGUGCAGCAGCACGCAUGGCAGGUAGACAAUGUCAUCCAACUUGGUGAUGCCAUCUCGAAGCUGGCGCAAAAGAUCCAGAAGCGGUACAGGAAUAAUCCGGAGAUCAUGGGUGUGAACCCCUAUAUCACUCUCUGCUCCAAUGUGCUACCUAUGUUCGCUGAAGACGCACAUGAAAUGAUUAUCAGAAUCAUUGAACAAACAAAGGAAAGGGAUGAGGAGAUCGAUGUCGAGGAUGGCUUUGACCUUUACCGGAAGCUUGCCACGGUCCGACGCAUUUUUUCCACUGCGCUUCCAGAAGUACCUUUUCCAUUCCAUGUGGAAAGUCUGCUAGAGGAAUUUGUCUGGCGUUGGCUUCGCUUGACCGACCAGAGUGUCUUGGAAUGGGUCAACCAGGCUACCAGACAAGAUGCCUUCAUUGUCCGAGCUGACCAAAUGAACGAUAUGGCUUCAGAGGAUGCUCGGCAUAGUGUCUCGGCGAUUGACAUCUUUCGGUCAUUCAAUAAGGUGGUAGAGGACUUGGUGCACCUGGAAUGGGAUGAUGAUUUCCAGUAUGCCAAAUUCAUGACGGCUCUAUCCAGCUCGAUUAGCAAAGGCGUGGCAAAGUAUUGCGAAACGCUGGAGCAGAUUUUCUCCCGCGAGAUGGACCGUCUCACUCCGGAUCAAGAAGCAGCUUUGAAUCAAACUACCCAGGAAAAGCUCAUGCAGUUCGCCAAGGACACAUGGACAAGCAAGGAGAAGAUUGAACCCUUCCAGUUCUCCUCAGAGUCUUUAGUGAAAUUGAACAAUGUCGAGUAUGCACUCUCCCAAUUGGACGGAUUGGAGCGAGAGAUCAAUGUAGAUGGCUGCGCCGAAGUCAUCGCGCGGAAUACCCCUCCACAGCUCAAGAAGACGCGCAAGGCCACAACGUAUGUCUUCACGAUCAAGGUGGUGGAAGGCGAAGAUCUCAAGGCGUGCGACAUCAAUGGAGCCAGUGACCCGUACGUCGUCUUGACAGACGAAUAUCAAAAGCGAAUCACAAAAACCCGGAUUAUCUACAACAAUCUCAAUCCGAGGUGGGAAGACGCAGUGGAUAUCACGACUCAAGGACCGCUCAAUAUUAUCGCGACCAUUUGGGACUGGGAUGCUGUCGGUGAUCACGACUAUGUUGGUCGAACCUCGAUCAAAUUGGAUCCGUUGCACUUCAGCGAUUUCUUGCCACGAGAGUACUGGCUAGACUUGGACACACAAGGCCGACUUCUGCUCCGUGUCAGCAUGGAAGGCGAGCGGGAUGACAUCCAAUUCUACUUUGGCAAGGCUUUCCGCACGCUUAAGCGCACUGAAAGGGACAUGACACGCAAGAUCACAGAGAAGCUUUCCGCAUACAUCAACUACAGCUUGUCUCGUCGGACUUUGAAGUCUCUGCUGUCUCGUGGGAUCAGCUCCACCGUAUCCAAUUUCUUGAACCGGAACCGAGCACAAACAACCACUGUUGCGCCCUCGCAGACAGACAUUGAAAAUGCGCUGACUCCGCUGUUCAACUACUUCAACGAUAACUUUGCCAUCAUGAACAAGACCCUCACCUCGGAAGCGAUGCGGAUGGUCAUGGCUCGUCUGUGGAAGGAAGUGCUUGCUACCAUUGAGAGUCUGCUGGUCCCGCCCUUGUCGGACAAACCAUCCCACCAGAAGCCCCUGACGGUUCAAGAAGUCGACAUUGUAUCACGCUGGCUCGUGCUACUGUUGAAUUUUUUCAACGCCGUGGAUGAGGAGACAGGCGAUGCCAAUGGCGUCCCGAUUGACGUUCUAAAGUCUCCCAAGUACCACGAGAUCCAGAGCCUGAACUUCUUCUACUUCGAGCCAACCGAUAACCUGAUCCGGACGUCGGAACGUAUGGCUUCCGCCAAUGUGAACCGCCAGCAUGCAAACCGCAACCGCAUUUCUGCACCCGCCCACCUCGGUGCCACUGGUCCCGGGUACGGCGGUCUCGGGGUCCCUGCUGCGCGCCGUGCUAAGAGCAUCAUGCUCUCCCGCAACCUGGGCACGAUGAAGAAGGCCAAGGAGGAGAAGCGGCGGGAGGCUCAAGCCGACCCGAACGAUGACAUGAUCUUGCGCAUCCUGCGCAUGCGCCCCGAAGCAGCGGGCUACCUACGUGACCGGAGCCGUCAAAAGGAACGACUCGCCGCUGCUGCAGCGGCUGAUGCCAUUGUGAAACAGAGCUUGAUGGCCGGUGCUGGAAGCAGAAUGAGCGGGUCCAUUCCACGACGCUGA